AUGCAGCUGCGCUGGAGCGGCCACCUGGUGCGCAUGGACGACGAGCGACUACCCAAACGACUCUUAUACGGAGACGUCGCGACGGGUUCUCGCCGUCAAGGAGGCCAGAUUCGUCGUUACAAGGAUACCCUGAAGUCCUCCCUGAAAUGCCUGCAAAUCAACCCCACCGACUGGGAGGAGCUCGCACUCGAUCGACCGACCUGGAGGAGGACAGUAAAGACAGGCGCUGCGAUCUACGAAGCCAACCGCGAAGCCCGCAAAUCACAACUUCGCCCAGUAAGCAACGCCGCCGCACAACCGCUUCCAACGUGUCCUCGGUGUCAACGGAUAUUCCGGGCUCGAAUCGGACUUGUUGGACAUCUUCGGAUUAACUGCGCCUCUCGAACUGCACCAACCAUCGUCCACCCGCCUGCCUCUCCCUUUUCAUCUCCGCCGCCAACUAACCCUGACAAUUCUUCUGACUCACCACUUUCAUCAUCCUCCUCCUCCUCCUCCUCCUCCUCCUCCUCCUCCUCCUCCUCCUCCUCCUCCACUUCCUCCUCGCCCACUGCUCCAACGGCGGCCGCUCAGGCCACUGUCCCGCGCACAGCAACCUACAUUACCACCACGUCCCCCGACUCCAGGGAUGAGGAUCAGGACUACACCUGCCCUCACUGCGACCGUACCUUCAACUCACACAUCGGCCUGGUCGGUCACUUGCGAAUCCAUCGCACAGAGACUGGCGAACCAGUGCGUGAAGCACCAACCUACACCCACCGCACUCGCCUCCACUGCCCACACUGCCCUCGCACCUUCAGGCAUCGCAUGGGCCUUUUCGGCCACAUGCGCAUCCACGAGAGCGGAAUUGACCGCACUCCCGCCACAUCCAACACAUCCACCGUGCACACCCCCACUCUCGUUCCAUCCGUCCACGCCACCACCACCGCCUCCUCUGUAGCUGACACUGACACCGCCGACUUCUCAUGCCCAAAUUGUCCACGCACAUUCACCGCACGCAUCGUUCUGGUCGGUCACUUGCGAAUCCAUCGCACAGAGACUGGCGAACCAGUGCCUGGAGCACCCACCUAUACCCACCAAGCUCGUCCCAACUGCCCACACUGUCCUCGCACUUUCAGGCAUCGCACGGGCCUAUUCGGCCACAUGCGCAUCCACGACGACCUGCGGUAG